AAUUCCAGGACCAUUCCCAGACCUUCCGCCUGGGGCAGCGCAGCUUCGGCCGCCAGUAUGCUCACCUCUACGCCGUCAGGCUGCGGGCCAUGCGCGCCCGGCUGGAGGCCGCGGCCAGGGAGCGCUGGGGCGCUGCCGUGUGCGUGCGGAGGCUGUCGGAGCUGAGGUCAGGGGAGAGGUGCUGUGUGCUGGGGACUCUCUUCAAGGCCAUGCAGCUCCAGCCCAGCAUCCUGCAGGAGAUCAGCGAAGAGCACAACCUGGUACCUCAGCCACCCUUGCCCAAGUACAUCCAGCCCUCAGAUGAGCUGGUGCUGGAGGAUGAGCUGCAGAGGAUCAAGCUGGAAGGAGCUGUGGAUGUCCAGAGACUGGUCACAGGGGCCGUGGUGGCCGUGCUGGGCUCGGAGCAGGAUGACGGGAGGUUCCUGGUGGAGGAACUUUGCUUCUCCAACCUUCCACCACCUCUACCCUGGGCAGGGCCCAGCACUGACCG